ACACCCGCCACUCACAGCGGCGCGCUGUUCGCCGACGGGACACGCGGGGCCUUCGCCGGGCGGGACGACGUUAUUGUUGUUGUUGGUGUGGUGGUUGUUGUUGUUAGAGUUGGUGGUGGUGGUGAACUUGGUGGUAGCGGUGGUGGUGGGGUUUCUGGUGGAGUUGGUGGUGGUGGAGUUUUUGGUGAAGUUGGUAGUGGUGGUGGAGUUAGUGGUGAAGUUGGUGAAGUUGUUCGUGGUGAAGUUUCUGGUGAAGUUGGUGGUGGUGGCGUUUCCGGUGAAGUUGGUGGUGGUGGAGUUUUUUGGUGAAGUUGGUGGUGGUGGAGUUAGUGGUGAAGUUGGUGAAGUUGUUCGUGGUGGAGUUUCUGGUGAAGUUGGUGGUGGUGGAGUUUCUGGUGAAGUUGGUGGUGGUAGAGUUUCUGGUGAAGUUGGUGGUGGUGGAAUUUCUGGUGAAGUUGGUGGUGGUGGUAGAGUUUCUGGUGAAGUUGGUGGUGGUAGAGUUUCUGGUGAAGUUGGUGGUGGUAGAGUUUCCGGUGAAUUUGGUGGUGGUGGAGUUUCUGGUGAAGUUGGUGGUGGUGGCGUUUCCGGUGAAUUUGGUGGUCAUCUUGGUUCAUGGAGCUUCAGGUGGUGGCCGUGAGAAGGUGGAUCGAGGAGAAUUCGCGUUUCUUCACUCCUCCCGUGUGCAAUAAAUUAAUGCACGCGGCCCAGCUCAAGGUGAUGUUCGUGGGUGGGCCCAACCAGCGCGAGGAUUACCACAUCGAGGAGGGCGAAGAGCUCUUCUUCCAGAUCGAGGGCGACAUGUGUCUGAAGAUAAUGGAGCGCGGCCAGAGGCGGGACAUCCACAUCAAGGAGGGAGAGAUGUUCUUGCUGCCAGCUCGCAUCCCGCACUCUCCCCAGCGCCGCGCGGGCACCGUGGGUCUCGUGGUGGAACGAGAGCGCCAGGAGUCGGAGCUCGAUGGCCUCAGAUACUACGUUGGCGGAUCAUUGGAGGUGUUGUUCGAGCGAUGGUUCCGCUGUGAAGACCUGGUCAUCCAGCUCGCUCCCAUCAUCAAAGAGUUCUUCACUUCUGAGCAGUACCGGACCAAGACACCCCUUACCGCUGCCCAGAGAGUGGAUCCCCCGUUCCCGCUGGAGGUGGAGCGAGAGGUGGAGCCUCCGCUGCUCUUCUCCCCGUGGCUGGAGCGCCAGCGCCUGAACCUCCAGGAGGGGAGUGCCCAGUGCCCCUUCCAGGGCCGCUACGAAACCCAGCUUAAAAUCUACGGAGCCGGGCAGAGCGAGGGUCACGGGGAGGAGGCUGACACGUGGAUCUGGCAGAUGGAGGGGACUUCUCAAGUGGCGGUCGGAGACGUGACCCUGCCCCUGGGUCCUGACGACAGCUUGCUGAUACCCGCAGGGACCAGGUACCAGUGGAAACGAGACGCGGGCUGUACGAGUCUCUACCUGGUGCAGAAUCCCUCUCGCAAGCUGCCCUACAAUUCCCGCUGGCGCAGCUGAAAUCAAAUCAAGCUCUCGAAUCAUGUGUCCGUUUGGUAUGAGCGCCGUCAAAAUGUUUUAACUAUUUAAAUUGUACAAGGUAAGGGCCCGCUGAGCUAUACAGCUCUUAUUGAGAAGGUACGUGGCCACAAAUGAUAGCGCAAUUAAGUGGAUAAUCGUGUCGAAAUGUAUAGCAGCCGAAUACUCUAAACGCGUGUUGUUGAUUCUAAAUAUAGAGGGGAAAACCGGAGGACCUGGAGAAAAAUCCACGCGACAACCACGGGGAGAACACGCGAGCUUAACGUAUACAGCAGGCGUCAGGGUUGGGAUCGCAUCCACGACCUCCUGUAUACCGGGAAAAGUCGCUUCACAGGCGGGGAUUGUCCGCAAAUGUUCUCGCAGUAGGGGGCGAUGUCGCUGCGUGGUUUUACUCAAUUAGAUCAUUUGCGAUUUCAAGCUUUCGUGACUGCAGGGGUUCAACUUCUUGGUUCUUUCGGUAAAGUCACGUAGAAGGGAAAUAAUAAAAUAAUAAAAAUAAAACAUAAUAAAAUAAUAAUAUAAUAAUACAAAUAAUCCAUAAUAAAAUAAUAUAUUAUAAUAAUUAUUUUUUUAUUUUUAUUCUUUAUUAUUUCCCUUCUACGUGACUUUACCUAAAGAACCAAGAAGAUAGAUAAUUUGCGAAACUUUUUUUACUUAGCAAAUUUGGAUUGUGACGUCAGCAGGCGUCGCCUUACUUUUUUGAGAACGUCAUGCGAUCUUUAAGGUCCACUGUAAAGCUGACGGUGCACGGUAUUAACGGUUAAUACACACCCGAUUAGUGUGGUUGGCUACGUACGGUGCGACAGAAGUUCAACAUACGUGCAUACACCCCACAGUGUUAAUCAGGGCGGCCUCUGAGUUUGAACCGCGAACCUCUGCAACGAGCUGUAAACGCGCGGCUACCACUCAGCCGAGAGACAAACGAGUCGUGUUACCGCGAUAUCGGACGAUGUAAAAUCCACGAUAAUUGUAUCGGCCGUUUUAAAUAUAUAUCGUCCUCGUGAUUAUAUAAUCGUUUAAAUUUUACGAACAAAUAUAUAUAUUUUAUCCUGAAGUAAUGUUUUAUUGAAAUAAUAACAAACUUGAUCAUUAAAAUUGCGAGCAAAAAAAACCCGUUAUCCAUUCGAUUCAUGUGUUCGGGAGGAAUUGAUGGCAUGGCGAUUUUGUGACGUCAUCACUUGCGUAAUUCAUUUACGGUAAUAGUUCAAUUAGUUUUACUCUGACAGCACUGUGCUUUCUAAGCGUUAUAAGUCAUAAUAAUUUGAGCGAACUG